AUGGUUCUUCGCUACCCAAUGCGCUCACGAAGAUACAAGUUUCUCAAAGCCACAAUAUGUCUCAUCCUCACCUUCCUCCUCGCAACUAGAAUCCCUCUUCCCAAUUUCCCAAAACGUCGCUUCGAUACCUGGGUCUGGGAUCGCAGCUGUCACAAACUAUCCCCCUUCAGCAAAGCAUGUACGGCCUCGCGAGCCUCCAUCGCAUCAGAUGUGCAAAUAGUGAUUGAAACCGGCGGCUCGGAACCCCAAAGUAGACUGCAGUACCAACUUGCGACUCUGAUGUCUGAGGUUCCUCGUCAGAAUAUUUUGAUCUUUUCGGAUUUGGAAGAAGAGGUUGGUUCUUUUCAUGUUCUUGAUGCGCUAGCGGAUAUCUCGAUACGCGAACGAAUGGAGUAUCCUGAAUUUGCAUUUUACGAUGAAUUGCAGAGGUAUCAACAGCUGGGGAAAGAUACCAGGGAGCUCAAAGGCGGAUGGAAAUUGGCCAAGUAUAAGAAUAUGGCUAUAAAGCGAAAGAUCUGGAAGAUGCUGGGAGAGACUGGCACUGCUCUUCCAAGAAGAAAAUGGUAUGUAUUCAUCGACACAGACACUUUUGUGGAAUGGGAUAAUCUCCUUGCGUUAUUGGAGAAUUUAGACCCCCAGAAGAAAUUAUACAUAGGAAGUCCCGUCUGGGCUGAUCCUAAAGCACCAUUUGCUCAUGGCGGUAGUGCAUAUGCUCUCUCGUAUAGUGCCUUGGAGUCACUUAAUAUGCAUGACAUAGAUGGCGAUAGAGAACCAAUGUACAGUCAAUUCGGCGUGAACACAACAGCCUUGUGUUGUGGUGAUGAAGCUCUUGCGAAAGCACUAAAGGAGAUAGGUAUCAGGCUUAAAGGCUAUUGGCCAAUGUUUAAUGGAGAGGUACCGUCAACUCUUGGUUUUGGGAGCGAAAUCUGGUGUGAGCCUGUACUGUCGUUACAUCACCUCGCUGGGACAGACAUGGAAGACUUGUGGUUAUGGAUCGAAAAUUGGAAAGCCCGCACAAUGAGCAUGCAACCAUUCCUCUUCAAAGACCUAUUUGAAUACAUCGCUCCCCAAUUAGUCCCUCAAAUGAACGAUUGGGAAAACACAGACGAAGGCUGGAAAAUCUAUCACAACAAAGGCACUCCGGUAUCCUUCUCACAAUGCAAAGCAGCCUGUGUCACAGACAAACUAUGUUUCCAAUUCGUUUCUCACGGCGAUACCUGCGCACUAUCCCACACAAUCCGAAUUGGCGGGAAGCGAUUACCCAAGAACGAAGAUGAUCAGAAGUAUAUCUCCGGAUGGAAUUUGGAGAGAAUAAGAGAAUGGACCUCGAAAACGAAGUGUACUAGUGCGCAUUGGUUGCAUUCGAAUCCUUGA